CACCUCAGCACAUCUGGUUGCUGGUGCAUCUUGCAUAUAACUAGUUUUUUUACUCGUCUGACCAUGUUUGAAAGUCGUAUUGUUUUGAAUUUGUUUUGAAAUCUAAUAGGAUCUGCUUCCAGCAGCUAGCAUGUUGGAGGCGAUGAUGAAUUAGUCCUAUUUAAUAAGAAGUGUUAGUUCGAAGCAGUUGAGUGUCCGUUUGUAGAUGACAAAAUCGAAGUAUAGUUUAUAACCUCAAAUAUGACCCAAACAAAUAUAAAUCUAAAGACAUCUUAUGUUAGAAGAGAUUUUGAAGUUAUAUGCGACUGCACAAAGCCCAUACUGGUUUACUUUUUAAUAAAUUGAAUGAGAUUUAUAGCAAACAUGGAUAAUUCUGUAGAAGAGUUGGCUGGAACUAGUAGUGCAUUCGAGGAAGCUGGCAGGGGCUGCAGGAACAAACGAAGGCAAGUAGAUCCAACAAUUUGCCCUGUUUGCAGUUGCACACUGAGAUCCACUGAAGUAGACCAGCAUCUGACUUGUGAACUGGAUAAGUUGCAAAAGAUUAAUGUACGGACUAGGCAAAAUGGAAAAUGCAAUAGCUUGUCACCAACUAACAGCAAUGGCAGUGACAAUGGCAUAGAUAAGCAAUGGGAGACCUACCAAAGGAUCCGAUCGAAUAGGCAGUGUAGACAAAAAUCUAAAUCCAAGAAGAGGAAAGCAGAUGAUGUUAUCUGUCCAGUUUGCAAUAAGGAAACUACAGAAGAAAUUAACAUGCAUGUGGAAAAGUGUUUAAGGAAGUCAGCUUCUGGUAAUGAGAGUGAUGAGAACAUUGAUGUGGAGGCUUUCGAGGAGUAUGAAUGGGCUGGACAAUCUAGAGUUCGUGCUACCUCAUUAUUCCAAGGUGGCGUAUCUUCAUUGGGCACUUCAGUGAGCAUGGCUGAUGAGGACGAAGACUUAGUUGUGGAUGGUGAUGAUUCUCAAAUAUAUGGUUCCCCACAGUAUUCUGAAAGGGAUAUAAUACCUGCAGACAAUGACAAGGAAAGAGAUGCUUUGAGGAAAGCUGUUCUAGGCUCUGAACAAGUAAACAAUUAUGAUAAACCUGAUAAAAAUAGCAUGGACACAUCAGAGGAUUCAUGUGGGGAUCCUGUCUUGCAGGCAUUGAAGAAUCGUAUUAGGGAGCUUGAAAGUCGCGAUUCUAGCCAGGAGGAGAUUUACAAAUGUUUAAUUUGCAUGGAAAGAUAUCAAACGCCGGUUAUAUCUGUUUGCUGUUGGCACGUUCAUUGUGAAGUUUGUUGGCUGCAAACGCUUGGAGCGAAAAAGCUGUGCCCCCAAUGCAAUAUGAUCACAUCGCCUGCAGAUUUAAGACGCAUCUAUAUGUGAAGUUUAUAUUGUUUUUGUAGGACUAUAUUUUAUUGAUUAGAGUUACUAAUUUCAUUUAACUUCUGUAUGUAUAGGUUCCUUAUAUGUAAAAUUGCUGAACGCGAAUCGAAAACAAUAAUUAUAAUAAUAAUAUUAAAUAAUCAUAAUGUUGUACUUUCAUUACAGUAAUGAGUAAUAAAUAUUUCAGGGAACAUUCUGAAAAUCAGAAAUAUUAAUUUAAAAAAAGAA